CAAUUUUGUCCAAUCUUUUCAUACUGAAAACUAAAUUGGCUCUUUUUUGGAAUUUUUCUCUGUGUACUUUUGUUUUUUACAUUGAUGUUCUUUGUCUGUCAUGUAUCGCAAUAAUGCGGAGAGCUCUUUUUGUUUCAUCAACCGCCUCAACGGGAAUGCCAAUGAUGAACUGCAGCAGCCGGGAGAACAUGAGCCCACUUCGGCACUCUUGGACUACUGCAGGCGAAAGUUCCUCCGUCCGUAUGUGGCCAUCUUGACACUGGUCGGUCUCAAUCCCAUCUCGACGGAUAUGAGCAAUGUGAGGGCCUGCUGCAGUUACGUUCAGGCUUUAAUGGUGCUAUGUGUACUCCUGGUGGGCUAUGUUCUCCGCUACAUAUGCGGCUAUAGAGGCGACCGGGGCUUCACCAGCAACCGGGAUAUACGACCUAUAAACAAUGGAGCUGAUGGAGGAAUACCUAUCUUGCUUGUCUGCAAAGUAAUCGAUCACGAACAGCUACAGAAUCUCAUUGAGAGGGUCUUCCUGAUGUCCGCUAAGCCCAAGAGGCUGUGCCGAAUGCUAAGGUUCUUUCUAGGAGUUGCGCUUGCACUCCUGGUUCUGCUCUUCGGCUACGUCUGCUGCGUUGUUGUGAUGCAGCCAGCUCAGAUCGUUAAAAUAUCCUGGCUGGCGGAAGUUCUGAGCGACUGGGAAGUCUGGCUACGUGUGAGUCUGCUGGCCACCAUUCUUCUGCAGGAUCUGGUGGAGGUCAUUAUUCUAAGCAACUUCUAUAUCGAGUGCUACUUGUUGAGAAUGCAUCUGGAAACUUUGUCCCACAAGCUUCUAAUGCACUCCAUCGACUCGCUGGACUGGAUGCGGGAGGUCUUGGAAUUCCGAAAGCUCCUUGAAAGACUAAAUCAGCACGUAUCGGUCCCGGUAUCGGUAUGCUUCCUGAUUGUGAUGAAUCUGGCAUAUGCAUUCGCGGGUCUCGUUUAUUUGUUUAAGGACUUUGACUUUCACUAUUGCGCCUUGAAGCUCGUCCUGCUGAACAUUGCCAACGUGAUGCUGUGGCUUUUCCUAGGCCUUCUCCCGUUCUUCGUGGCCUCCUCAGUCACGCGUGUGUGCCAAAAUGCCCAGGCCAACGGGCAUCAGAUACGGGUCCGACCGUUUGUGUACCACAACACCUCCGCGGAAGAUCUCAACUCGACGCUGUUGUUCGCCGCCUCGCUGGACAUGUCGGCCAAACUCUUCCGGAUGCCCAUCCAGCCGAAUUACCUCUGCUUCGCCAUCCUCGUAGUGGUCAUCGUGAUCCUUACGCUGGGCAUGUGCCUGAAUCUCACGGCUCUGGGAAGAAUAUAA